AAAUGAGUAUUAGCAAUAGAAACAUGAUAGAACCCAUGGAUCUCUGAUGAGUUGGGAUGAGGUGAUGAACACAGGGAAAAGGGAAGAGAAGCAUGGCUGGAUCAACGCAUCUUCUGUCCACUCAUCCAUUCUCCACAUAUUUCCAUCAUCCUUUCCCCAUCUUAAGGAAACAGAGCUCGUUUUCGGCCCAAAAGAAUAGAAAAUUCGGCAAAUCCAUUGCAUUUUCGAGCAAUAGCAGAGAACACACUCUGCGGAAUGGGCUCUCAAGGAGGGAUAAUUUAGCGUUGAUUGGCUUAUCUUCGCUUUCUCUAUUCUUCCCUUCUUUUAGCUCAGGAGCUGAAGAAGAUGUGAAAAUGGAUUCAUUUGUUGAUAAUAUUAAUUCUUAUUCCUAUUUGUACCCCACAGAGCUUCCUUCCAAAAGAUUUGUCUUCAAAUGGGCUGAAUCCAGAAAACCAGAGCGUUAUUCAUCAGCUGCGCCACUGUCACCUGAUGCACGCCUUCGCAUUGUGUCUGAAAGAGUUGACUUCAAUGAGAACCUAGUUAUUUCUGUUAUGGUAGGUCCAUUGAAUUCAGAGUUCCUAAAGUCAAAGGACAAAUGUAGCUGGAGUGCCAAGGAUGUUGCUGACUCUGUUUUAUCGGAUAAGUUUGUUUUGCGGGUAACUCCAAGUCAACGUUUGGCUGGGAGCUCAGUUCUUGAUGCACAUUCUUCCCAUAUUGAUGGCGAUCCAUAUUGGCAUUUUGAGUACCUUGUUCGCAAAUCACCAACAAAUGCCGCUCUAGAAUCAAAUGUUUUCCGCCACUAUGUUGCUUCAACAGCUGAACGAGAUGGUUACCUAUAUACCCUCACAGCUUCAACACUUAAUAAUAAAUGGAACGAAAUGGGACCAUUCUUAGAAAAAAGUGCUGCUUCUUUCCAUCUUCUCCCUCCAACAGAAAGAUAUGUUCCUCCAUACAAAGAUCCUUGGAGAUUUUGGUGAAGGAAUAUCACUGUAUCAGUUUUUCUGGAGUCUGGAGAUGUAGACAUUGAUUGGCAGAAGCCAUGAAAUAAUCUUGCAAAUACUGU